ACAAGUUUAGUUCGUGCACAGCUUUUAAGUGGGAAAGACAUGACGCAGCAAUGGAAAUUUAAUUCCCAUUCUCUUGUAGAGAUACCGUCAUGUGAUUGGCAUAUUUUACUGAAUCUUUACUCAGGGAAACGAUCUGAACCUACUGGAUAUAAUGUAAUAUUGAAUUAUAUUCAAUGGAAAGAAAAGGAGCCGGAUUUGGACGUCAAGUUUUUAUCUCUACAUGGUGAAUGGCAGAGCGAUGGCACCUUUAUUAUCAUUGCUAACAAUGGUUUCAAAAGGAAAUGUUUGUUUUUUAAUACUUUGAGCAAUAAUCUGGAACGCUUGAAAAAUUCUCUUCUCUGUUUAUCAUCUUCCCCUGACGAGUAUUUAAUCUAUGGAUAUGGAGAGCGUUUGGCACCUGCAGCCGAUGUCUAUAUAAGACAAUGUGAUAAUACUCGGCGACAUUUAUUGAAGACAUCUUGGUACAGGGCUAGUAAGGAAGUUGUUGCUAAAUAUUCCACACAACCACCUUCUGGUAUUACACUUCGCAAACUGGAAACUGAAGAUGCUGCAGGUAUAAAUGAAAUAUGGCCACAUCGUGAAGAGGGUUCCGAGGAGUUUGUCAAACGUUUGAUAGACCACAAUAUAUCAGUAGGUGCUUGCGAUAUUAAUGGAAAAUUGAUAGCCUGGUGCUUGAGAUUGCCAUUGGGUUCUUUGGGCCUGCUGCAAGUUGAAGAAUCCCAUAAACGUCUCGGUCUAGGUGGUUUGAUGGUGCGCUAUAUGUCCAAGAAAAUAUCUGAUUUGAAUGAGGAACCUCUGGCCGAUGUACUUAUAGAGAAUACGCCAUCUAAUGCACUGUUUUCAAAGUUGAAAUUUCAGAAAAUUGAUAAUGCUUAUUUUUAUUUUUAAAUUGAUAUUAAGAUAUUUACAAGCAAUAACAAAGUUUAAAAAAUAAACGAAA